AUGAGUCCUACUCUGCUCCCAAAGAAUGUGGCUUUGGUCAUAAAGUACCAAAAGGAUCCUCUGAAAGCUCUUGAAACUUUCAAUUCUGUGAAGAUAGAAGAUGGGUUUAAGCACACAUUGUCUACCUAUAGGUGCAUGAUUGAGAAGCUAGGUAUCCAUGGUGAAUUCCAGGCAAUGGAGCAAGUGCUCAUGGAGACUAGGAUGAAUGUCGAUAAUAACUUGCUGGAAGGGGUGUAUGUAGGAGCCAUGAGGAACUAUGGGAAGAAAGGGAGAGUUCAGGAAGCAGUUGAUGUGUUUGAGAGGAUGGAUUUCUACAACUGCGAGCCUUCGGUUUUAUCGUAUAACUCCAUCAUGAAUAUAUUGGUUGACUAUGGGCAUCACGAUCAAGUACAUAAAGUCUACUUGAGGAUGAGAGAUAAAGGAAUCUCUCCUGAUGUUUACACUUUUACGAUUAGGAUAAAGUCCUUCUGCAAGACGGGGAGGCCUCAUGCUGCUCUAAGGCUUCUGAACAACAUGUCUUCUCAAGGGUGUGAAGUCAAUGAUGUUGCUUAUUGUACUGUUGUUGGUGGGUUUUAUGAUGGGCACUAUCUACUUGAUGCAUAUGAAUUGUUCAACCAGAUGCUUGAAUUGGGUAUUUUUCCAGCCAUUGCUACUUUUAAUAAGCUCAUGCAUGUUCUUUGCAAGAAAGGGCAAGUCAAAGAAAGUGAAAAGCUGUUGAGCAAGGUGCUUAAGAAGGGUUUCUGUCCCAACUUGUAUACAGUUAACAUCUUCAUCCAAGGGCUCUGUAGAGAAGGUGCAGUAAAUAGGGCUGUCAGUAUGUUGGAGAGCAUGAACAAGGAAGGUCUAAUUCCUGAUGUUGUCACAUAUAACACUCUCAUUUGUGGUUUGUGUAAAGGAAAUAAAGUUGCACAAGCAGAGGGCUAUCUGCAUAAAAUGGUGAAUGAAGGGUUACAGCCUGAUGCCUUCACCUACAACUCUAUAAUUCAUGGUUAUUGCAAGAUGGGGAUGAUGCCAAAUGCUGACAAAAUUCUUGGUGAUGCAAUCUUUAAAGGGUUUGUGCCUGAUGAGUUUACUUAUUGCGCCUUGAUCACCGGUUUAUGCCAGGAUAAUCUUGUGGAUCGUGCUGUAUCGGUUUUCAACGAGGCACAGGGGAAGGGCUUAAAGCCUACGGUUAUUCUGUACAAUACACUAAUUAAAGGGUUGUCCAAGCAAGGACUUGUUCUCCAAGCCUUGGAGUUGAUGGGCGAGAUGUUGGGAAAAGGUUGCAUCCCAGAUACAUGGACUUACAAUCUGAUAAUAGAUGGAUUAUGUAAGAUGGGAUGUGUCUCUGAUGCCACUAACCUUCUGAAUGAUGCUAUUGCAAAAGGGUAUAUCCCAGAUAUUUUUACAUUCAACACAUUACUUGAUGGAUACUGCAAGCAGCUGAAAAUGGAGAAUGCUCUUGAGCUUCUGAAUAGCAUGUUGAGUCAUGGUGUCUUGCCAGAUGUGAUCACGUACAACACUCUUUUGAAUGGUCUAUGCAAGGUUGCAAAGUCUGAAGAUGUUAUGGAAACAUUCAAGAUGAUGUUGGAGAAAGGAUGUGUUCCUAAUCUGAUCACUUACAGUAUACUCGUAGAGAGCCUGUGCAAAUCUAGGAAAGUAAAUGAGGCUCUGGACUUACUAGAAGAAAUAGGGAAGAAAGGUCUAGUUCUAGAUACUGUCAGUUUCAGCACUGUCAUUAAUGGAUUAUGCAAUAUAAAGGAUUUGGAUAGAGCAUACGAUCUCUUCAAAAGAAUGAAGCAAGAAUACAACAUUUUGUGGAGAACGUCGACAUUCAAUAUCAUGAUAAAUGGGUUUUCCGAAAAGUUGAAUAUCGAAAUGGCAGAAAAGCUUUUUCAUCAGAUGGGCAAUGAAGAAUGCUGCAGUCCAGAUGAUUACACAUACCGUGUCAUGAUUGAUGGUUUCUGCAAAGUGUGGAGGAUUGACUCUGCAUACAAGUUUCUAAUGGAAAUGAUUGACAAAGGUUUUGUUCCAUCAUUAACGACCUUUGGAAGAGUGAUUAACUGUCUGUGUGUCCAAGAUAAAGUCCCCGAGGCAGUUAGGAUAGUCCAUAUGAUGGUGAGAAAUGGCAUUGUCCCGGAGGUUGUGGAUACCAUUUUCGAGGCUGAUAAAAGGGCAGUUGCAGCACCCAAGAUUGUUGUUGAAGAUUUGCUGAAGAAAGGUUUUAUAACUUACUAUGCCUAUGAACUUCUGUAUGAUGGUGUUAGGGACAAACGGUUACAUAAGAAGAAACAUUCCAGUCACCCUGAACAUCGGCCUGGAAAGGUCUCUCAUCAUGUUGAUAAUGUGUGA